CACUUAAUCCACUCCACCAAAGAAACAAAGAUAGGGAAAGAAAAGGAGAAAAAACAGAAGGAAGCGGGAUUCAGAUUUCAGAAAUCCUAUCUCCUUCUGUCGGAAACCCUUCUUCUCUUGAAAUCGCCGGAUUCUCGUUCUCCAAACCCACGGACGUCUCUCUCUUCACCGUUCAUCUGGUGGGCCGUACCCUCGAUCGUUCACAGUUCAAGAAAGCACAAAGACGCUUACAAACAUGAAGGUACUCACCUACACUAGCAUAACAAAACCUGGGUUUUUGCUUUCACACCCAGAAUUAUCCACUCUUAGCUUUCAUUUCACCCCAUUUAAGUCUCGGACUUGGAUCCAAAUACUGGAUAAGAAGAAAAAUGGGCUGAUGACCAGAAUUUGUUGUUCCGUAUCCGAGAGGAUGUAUGCUUCUUUGACUUCUGCAGAUUCAUCUUUGAUGAAGUCGGCGGCCACCCAUUCAAAUCGAAAACGAGAACGCACCCCUUCACUCUACGGUCGGCCAAGUUUGCUUGAGAUGAAGAAUGAGAGGAUUGCUAAUCGCGCUCGGGUUUACGAGUUCUUGAGGAGUGUGGGUAUUGUUCCUGAUGAACUGGAUGGAUUGGAGCUCCCUGUCACUGUCGAUGUCAUGAGGGAACGCUUGGAUUUCUUGCACAAGUUGGGCCUUACAAUAGAAGACAUCAAUAACUACCCACUCGUGCUCGGUUGCAGCGUGAAGAAAAACAUGAUACCUGUUCUUGAUUACCUUGGAAAGUUGGGGGUCCGCAAAUCAACAUUUACAGAGUUCCUCCGUAGAUACCCACAAGUCCUACACUCUAGUGUCGUGGUAGACCUCCAGCCAGUUGUCAGAUAUCUUCAAGGGAUGGAUAUCAAGCCAAAUGAUAUUCCUCGUGUUCUCGAGAAGUAUCCUGAGGUAUUGGGAUUCAAACUUGAGGGCACCAUGAGCACAUCUGUGGCGUACUUGGUUGGAGCUGGAGUUGCAAGAAGAGAAAUUGGCGGUGUCCUUACCCGAUAUCCAGAGAUACUGGGAAUGCGAGUUGGGCGAGUGAUCAAGCCUUUCAUGGAGUAUCUUGAAAGCAUAGGCAUUCCCAGACUGGCCGUAGCAAGACUGAUUGAGAGACGUCCCCACAUCCUUGGUUUUGUUUUAGAGGAUCGAGUGAAACCAAAUGUUGAUAUUCUCUUAGAAUUCGGUGUGAGGAAAGAGUUCUUAGCUUCUGUGGUAGCACAGUAUCCCGAGAUCAUUGGAAUUGAGCUGAAACCGAAGCUGCUCUCUCAACAGUGCUUGUUCAGCUCAAAUAUCGAUGUGGGUCCUGAGGAUUUCGGCAGAGUAGUUGAGAAGAUGCCACAAGUUGUUAGCUUGAGUCAAGCUCCCCUGUUAAAGCAUGUUGAUUUCUUGAAAGAUUGUGGAUUUUCAUUACAGCAUGUGAAAAAGAUGGUGGUUAGUUGCCCGCAAUUGCUUGCUUUGAAUCUUGACAUUAUGAAGAUGAGCUUCAAUUAUUUCCAGAUGGAGAUGGGUAGAGAUUUGGAUGAUUUGGUCGCCUUCCCUGCUUUCUUUACGUAUGGUCUGGAUUCGACGAUACGCCCGAGGCAUCAGAUGGUUGCUAAGAGGGGCCUGAAGUGCUCUCUAGCAUGGCUCCUCAAUUGUAGUGAUGAGAAGUUCAAGGAACGGAUGGAGUAUGAUUCUAUCGACAUGGAGGAAAUGGAAAUGGAGGCAUCUUUCGACAUGAAAACGCUGUUGGAACCGAGAGAAGAAUCAUAUUCGGAAGAUGAUGAGGAUAGUGAUGAUGAGUAUAUGUAACUUGAUUUGCAAGAGCUCGUCAUCAAUCGGAGGGACUCUUCUGCCUGAUUCUUUUUGGCACCAUCGAUUGGGCAGAAUUUUCUUGUAGAGAAAAAUGCUGAAGAUGAAUUGCAGUCUCAAUAGUUCGAUGUGUCACCUGUUGCUGUUUUGUACAAUUGAGUUGUAUGAACAAGAAAGACAGACUCAAGAAAGAGUUUUAAGAUUCAUAUGAGCCAUUCAUCAUCGGUCAUCAGGACUGAGUACAUAUAGAUUUGAGCCUGUUGCCUUCCUAACGGUAAACAAUUCCCACAUCAUGCUUCAAGCAUAGUAGCCUUGCUUAUACUAUCUUUCAGUUUGCUGCUCAAGCUUCUUUAGUCCCACCUUGAACUUGAUAUUCUCAGGAUCUCCAGACCAGGCGGACAAUUGGUGGUGGACGUGAGGAUGGUGAAUUAUACCUUCCCGACUUGGAUGGUAGCUUGUUUAAUCUGUUGUUGUGUCUAGUUCAUUUCGUUUGAAUAGAGUGGACCGACUUCAUCUAUGUCACUAUUGGUUUGGACACAUUUCAGUUGGUGCAUUGCGUAGUUUAUUUUAUCGAUUUUUUACUUCUUCAAUUACUUUAAAAUGUAAAACUUGUUAGUUAUGUAAGUAUGUUCAUCAUUUGUAUUUUACUAGUAAUUCUAAUCAGUUGAACCAUUUGUGUUAA